GUAGAUUGUAAAAUAUACAACUAUUCGUAUUUAUUAUUGGAGCUGAGUAAUUUUUAUCAAAAUCUUAUUACUAAUGACAACUAGUAAUAAACUAUAGUAGGUACACGAGUAUUAUAAAUAAUAAAAUUAUGUGUCUGUGUAUUUAAUAAGUGCAUAAUACAUUAUAUGUAGUCAUAUCUAUAAUACCUGGUAAUCCUGAUGUGCAUCAUAAGUAUGAGACUUUUUGCCACUAAAACUGUUUAUAUUAUAAUAAAUUAUUAUCUUUAGACGACACAAUAAUCAGACUGGUUUUAAUAGCGGUAAGAAGACACUAAUAAUAACUAAAAAAAAAUUGUAUAAAAUAUUCAAAAAACCACUUUUGUCAUUUAAAAGUUAUUAUUAGCAUUUUUAGGGUUUUGAAAGUUUAUAGUUUUACGACUAUUGGCUGAAAUAAAUAGCUAAUAAUUAUAUUUACGUUGCUAUACUAUAUUUUUUAUACACUCAUAUAAACUUUAGACAUUUGGUAACAUAUAAUUUCAUUUUUACAAUUUUGACUUUUGAGAUAGAUUAUUUUAGGAACGGUGAAAAAUUCUUAAAAUAUUAUAAUGACAGACUACGCUCAAGAAUUUAUGGAAAUGACAGAAGCUGCUAAAACUAUGAUACCGUUGAUGCGAGAUAUGGAUGACAGGGCCAUAGUCGACAAGUGGAUCACUAGAGUGAAGACACUGCAAAGCAAAGACGUGAACGUGUUGAAACAUCGGAAUAAUUUUUUGAAAUAUUUCAUGGGAAUCAUCAAGCGGACGAUCGCCGAAACAGGACAGUCACCGGCGUGCUGUAUGUGGGGAAAACCUGAGCCCGGACCUUUCGAUAAGCAAUUGCCUCCGCCCAAACCUCUCCCAUAUCAGUGCCACUGGACUCCGGACAAACGAACUUACGUAGCCAUCCAACCACUGCCAAACCGAGGGGCUAUGGUGUACAUGGCUGUGGCGGAGAAACCCGAACUCGGUUGGGAAUUCCCCAAGAAAUCACAAUGAAGUACAUUACAAUAUAAUAUACAAAAUGUAUUGUAAUUAAUAUGUUUUACGAGAAAUAAUAUACGACAACAAUUUAAAAUUAUAUACAGUCUCAAUGAUAUUUUUCUUUAUUUGACUAUAUGUAUUUGUUUUUAUAUUACGUAAAUAUAAUAUUA